UGUGGCCCGAUCGUAGACAGGCAUAUUUAUUAUUGUUUCUUCCGGGUUUUAUUCCUUGUCCACAUGUUUCCAAGAACAUGUACCGAGGAUACUUAAUGUCAAGUUGUGGUCGCCUCCCGUCUAGUCAUCAGAUCACACCUAUAACAACAAAAUCCCCCGUCAUCAAAUCUUCACACAAAUUCUUGCUCGUCACACCAUAUUAGAUGAAUGGACCAUCGACUAUAUCAUUCAACCUCUCCACUUCCCCAGACGCCUUACGGGUUGUCCUAGGAUCCGAAGUGGUGCCAAGCGCUUCCAACGGUCUUCGGAAAGAUAUGCAAAGAAAGGGAUGUCAGCCCUGUUGACCACAUUCAAACGUUCCCAAGUACAUGAGAACGUAGGUACCUUUGUACCAAUACCCCAGCCUCACACGGCGAUCUUAUGAACCAAUCCACACGCGAGCCUGUAGCUCCCUCCGACACCUCUCUCGCGCAACAACCACCCAAAAACUUCUCGAACCUUCCCGACCUCGAAGAUUUCUCUGCCUUCUUUACGUUCCCCGCGCACUCACCCCCACCCAUUCAUCCAAUGUCUAAGCGUGUAGAUAGACAAGAAAUCGAUCCUAACGCGAGCUUCUCUCUCUCACACAAUCAUCCAUCGACCAGUGACACGUCUACUCUCAAAUCUGAGAUCCCUUCGCCAGCUAGUGCUCGAAAUAAGAGGCGCGCCUCGGGUCCAGCGACUGCGACGAAUACUUCAGCUUUCAACAUGCAGUCUGGUUCAUCUAUUGCAGGACCUUCUUCAGGGGGCUUAGAUGAUCCGAAUAUGGCAACGUCGAUGGCACCACCAGCCAAAAAGAGUCGUACCAAUACUCCUUGGACGCCUGCUGAAGAGCAAAGAUUAAAGAAUAUGAGAGAUGCAGGUAAUAGCUGGGCGGAUAUCGCAAAGGUAAGAUAAAACAAAAGUCAACUAUUGGGACAAUUUAAAAAGAGAUUUCAUGUCAAGUCGCACAAAGCCUUGAGACAAAACUAAGACUUUGAAUCUGAAUUUGUUUUUGCAGACUUUCCCAGCAAGAACUGAAGGAAGUGUUAAAAAGCAUUGGUACAAGGUAAAUACAUAUUUCCAUUCUCAUACUCUUUUGCAUCGGACACUUGUCUCGCUUGGAUGAAAGUAGUAUAGAUGGAGAUCAUACACUAACUAGGUUUUAGGACAUGCAUUAUGCGGAAUUCGCGGAAGAUGAGGUACGUUCUGUCUUUGCAUCAUGAUGCAUACGGUACGUGCUGAUGCUUAAAUAGAGUCAGGCUUUACUCGCUGCCAUCAAGGAUUACGAGGCGAAUAAGUGGAAGGCUAUUGGACAGAAAGUUGGAAAGCCCGCUAAGGUUAGACUUCUUUUUUUUCUUUUUUGUACAUGUAUAUGUAUGUUCUUGAGACAUACUUGUCUUUAGAUACAUAUAUUGUUGUAGCAUCUGUAUGCGUUUGGGUACGAGUAGUAUUGAUACACCGAACAACUUUUCAAAAACCCAUAACUAACCAAACUCCCCACCUUCACCAUAGGCAUGCGAACAAUAUGCCAAAGAUAAUUUUGGCGGGAAAAUAUAAGGGAUGGCGCUUGGUGGAGGGGAAG